AUGCGGGCAUCUCAUGUCGACUCCUCCUCCGCGUCGACCGCUGCCCGCACGUUCGACCCGACCGAGUAUGCUCUCCGUCGAAGAGAGCAGAUCGAACGCGCGCGGGAGCUACGAGCGGCGCGAUCCACCAUGAUGGGCACCGGCGUGUCGCGAAUGAACUCCGGUCCCACGCUCACCCGCUCCCUCUCCUCCGAUAACGUCGCCGGAUCAUUCGCGCAUCACGCCUCUCGCUCGUACACCGACUCUCGUCGUAACUCCCUGGGAUUAUCCUCUUCUUCUUCGGGGCCUCUCGCUGCUCGCAGGAUUAGCGGUGCCACUACCCAUGGCGACAGCGUUCCUCGUGCCAUAAGCAGUUCAUCUACCAAUUCGAACAUGUCACGUUCGCUUGACACGUCCGCGGUGUCUCGUCUCAGUACCUCCACCAUUCGCGGCGGGCAUCUCUCCACUACUGGCCCGGCCGCCAGCAGCCACGGCUCGGGGGCAUCCCCCGGCAGAUCAGACGGCCGGCAGGGAACUGGACGGCAGCAAAAGCAGCGGCAGCCAAACGAGCGGCAGCGGCCGGUGGAAAUCCGGCAGACGCUGAAACUCGACGACGAGGCGUUGUUCUCGGAGGAGGAACUUGCAGCGUUUCGCUGCGCUGGUAUGGCCGCCGAGUCGGAAGCCGCCAUUGGCGUGCAGCCGCAGAAGGAGUCCGUGAUUGAGAGUAACGCGACAGCGGCGGAAGUGGCGCCGCCAGUUGUGGUUGAGAUUGUGGACCACGAGACGGGGGUCCUCAAGACGCCGCCGAGGGACACGAGAAAGAAGCGAAUCGAGAUGGGGGAAGAGACCAAGGAGGAGAUGCCACAAUUGGUCGAUAAGGUAGAAAAGGAUCGGGAGCGGAAUCUCGAAGAGAAACGCAAGGAGCAGCCGCAGCAGCAGAGCAAUUUCGGAGAGGAUGCGCACGGCUUUCGGCAUUCGACGGCAAAAGAUCAGAAGAGGAGGGAAGGAAAUUCACACAAAGACGAGUCUCUGCUGCUGACAGCACCGGCAGCAGCUUCUGUGCGCGGAUCCAGAGUCCACGACGAGCGGAGAGCCAUGGAAGACUCGGUUGUGCUAAAGCAUAAUGCAGUGGGAGGCGGCAGUCAGGCGUCAGGCGCAGCGCAGCAGGGGGCGGGGCCGGGAACGGCAGCGCCGACGACUCCCCAGUCGGCGGAGAAGAAGGGCGGGCGGCUUCUGCGCACGCUGAGCGCGUCCGUGAGCCUGCUCAAGCGCGCCUUCAUGGGGAGCGCUUCUUUCUCCGCCACUUCCCCCUCCGCUUCCGCCUCCUCUCCCUCCGCCGCAGCCGCCGCCACCGCCGCUGCUGCCAAUGCCUUGGCAGGCCGCGCUAAGCACGAAGCGGCGGGCCGCGCGUCUGCCUGGACGAGCGGUAAGCCUUCCGCGCUGGCUGCAACCCAUGGUACCAGCGGCGCGAGUUCGAGCAGCGGCGCAAGCGGCACGAGUGGCACGACAGGGACUAGCGGCACUAGCCGCACCGAAGGCACCAGUUGGACUAACGGAAGUAACGGCACUAGCGGAACAACGGGGGGGACUGCCACAGGCGCCGGUGCUACGAGUGCGAGUGGGACCCCCAACCUCGUCACCCCCACCAGAACACUCCACCCAAUCAACACGCCCUCCGCUUUCAACCCUGUGUCUUCCCCGUUAGCCGCCGACGUCACGCCGCGCACACUGUUCCACUCGAUCACCGCGACUGCUGCUGCUACCAGUUUUUCCACUGCCGCAUCCACUCCGCAGUAUGGGCUUCCCCGUACGGCACAAGGCUCUACUUCCGCCUCCGCCUCCCCUCACUCUGGGGCCUUUGUCCCCGCGCCGUGGGACUCGUACGGCGCUUCCUCCGUCCCCGCCAGCCCCGCCGCGAGUGAGGGUGCAGGCGGAGGGGGGCAUUCUCGGCGGAAGCGGUGGGCAAGCAUCGGGGGAGGGCACGCGGGGGGCAGUUUCUUGGUGCUUGGCGGAAUGAGCGCGGAGAGGGUGGAUGGAACGAGCAGGAGGGAGUCUGCGGAAGGAGCAGAGGAUGGAUUUACCCGGAACAGCAUGAGAAAGCAAGAGGCUGAUUCUGCCACUAGUACCAGAGGCAUGGGCUACACAUCGGACGAUGCAGAGGACUCGCGCCGUAAAUCCGACCGUCAGGGGCGUGCCACGUGGUCUGCUACACCAGGAGACGCGACGCCGAUGCAGAUCAGGCAGAUGAUGAACGCUCAGGAGCGCAAGGCGAGGACCAAUGGCGUGGGGAAGAGCACAAGCAAGGGCAAGGGGCGGUCUGAUCGGCCUGAUCGGCCUGACAGAGUGCAUCCCGAUCCCCAGGCUACCCCAACGUCCCCUUCCGAUGCUCCGCCUGUGAACCACUCGGGCGGGCGGAGGCAGGGGUCAGCGCGCGUGGUGGGGAGGGGAGCGGCAGCCGCAGCAGCGGUAGCUGCUGGCGUGGGGAAUUCCCCAGGGAAAGGCGGAAAGGGGAGCGGGGAGGAUGUGGCUGAUGAUGUGGCAGCGGCGGUGCGCGCCUGGGCUCGGGAGCGCAGGGGGAGCGUGUCAGUGUCCGGGCAUGGGGGUGAUGAUGUGCAGAGGCAGGAGAAAAUGGUGGGGGUGGAGCGGUGGCUGCAGCAGAGGCUGAUGGAUGGGUACUCGGGCAGUGAGGGCAUCAAGGGUACUGCUUGGGAGGUCCGAUCCGGAAGUGCUAGUGCCGCUGAAGCUGCUGGUGCUACUGCUGGUGCUGCUGCUGCUGCUUCUGCUGAUGGGGAGGGGGACGGCAAGAAGGGAACAGGUGCAAGAAAGGAGCCUGGGGAGGGGAGAGCACGGUGGGAAGUGACGGAUGGAGGGGCGGUGCAAGAGGGUGACAGCGAGAAGAAGGUGAGGAAGGAGGAGGUUGGCGGAGAGAACAGUGGCAAGGUCAAGAAGAAAGUAGGCACAAGCAGCGGCCAAGUGAAGAAAAAGGCGAGUGCAGGGGAGGAGGAGGCGGCUGGUGGGGAAAUGGUGAAAGGGAAGAAGAGCAGUGGUGGUAGUGGUGGUAGCAGUGGUGGGGUGAAGGACAGCGGCGAUGCUUAUGAGCACAGUGACAAGGAGAAUGGUGUGAAAAAGGUGAAGGGCAAAGGGGUGGGGAACGGGAAGGGCAAACAGAAAGGCCAGAGUGUGCGGGAAGUGGGUAAGGCAAGUGGGGUUGGUGUGGCAAUGAGCGAGCGGGUGGGGCCGGAUGCUAAUGGUAAAGCGGUUGAGAAGCGGAAGAAGAAGGUGGUUAAGAAGACUACUGACAGUGUUGGCGGUGAAGCUGGAGAUGGUGGGGAAUUUAAGCGGGUAGCGAAGAAUGGGGCCACGGUGAAGAAAGGGAAAAGGGCACCCCUGGGCUCAAAGAAGUGCGAUGGCUGUGGAGACAAGGGGGAUGUGAGUGAAGGAGAGGGCGUUGGUGGUAUCAAGGUGAAGAAAGUCGUUAAGAAGAAGAGACCAGUUGGCAGUGACAGCAUUUCUGCAGAUCAGGGCUUGCUGCAACCUAACCCCGACCAUGAAGUGUCUAAGGAGGAAAUGGUUGCACACGCUAUGGCUCGUGUAGCCUCCCUCCUCGCUAUCCUCCUCGUCGCCUUGCCUCUGGCCUUGGCGGCGGACCGUCUACCUCCCGGCCAGUAUCCCUGCCCAACCUUCGAGGCCAUCAGCACAUGUCCCGACGCCGCCACUGCACCGGAUCUCGCAGAGCAUCCCUCCGUGCAGUUCGGCCAAAUCAUCGAGACGAACCUUCGCGGUGACCUCACCCGUACUGCUGGCUACGCCGGCAUGACCCCCAAGGACUGCUGCGAGAAGGUUGACGGCUCCGGCUUCUGGACGUGGUCCGCUGACUCUAGCGACCAGGAAUUCGGUUGGUGCGACAUCUGGCAGAGCAAUGCCUGCGUGAGGGCAGGGAGCGAGCAAGGAAAGGUGUUCGACUCUAACCCCGCCUUCGCAUACACCUUCCUCAAGGUCGCAUAG